AUUUGCAGGAAUUUUGGAUUGCUUAUUAUGCUAUCAUUCGUUAUCACUAAAUAUUUGAUUGUAUUGACAGUAAUUACAAUAUUAUCAAUUACUGAAACGAAUGCACGAGUAACUGUACUAACUCUUCAAUCGUUCGUUCGCAAUUUCGGACGCGAAAACUCUCUGAACAACAAUGCCAACGGAAUACAGACAUUCAGUUUUUCUGGAUUUGGCACAGGAAGAAAUCAAACUACUUCAGCUCCACCGACUACUGCUAACCCAUUCUUACAGCUUCUUGAACUUUAUCUCAGGGGUUUCUCUCAAGUGCCAACGGCUGGUGCAGGCUUCCCGUCUUUUCCUCAAGUGCCAAGUGGAGGCUUCCAAUUUCCUCAAUAUGGUUAUCCUUAUUACCCAUACUACGGUGGAUAUGGUUACUACCCCUAUUCCUAUUACUAUUAUUAUUAUGGAUAA